AUGGGAAAUGAAAAUAGUAUUCCUCUUAACGGGUUUUUAGAUGUGGGAAAGAAUGUUACCCAGAUAUUCAACAUAACUGAACGUUACUUGGAUGAAGACAAGUUGAUGACAUAUUAUCUCUCAUACUACGCAGGUAGUACAAAGGAUGUUCAACUUAUGUGUGAAACAACAAGUGAUAAAGAAGGUGUCACACGUCUAGCAGUAUUCAGAAUCUACCAAAAUGAUGAGUUUAUUCAAUUUUCUAUAGAAAAAACUGAAAAUGACCUUCUUAAAAUAAUAAAUUCUAGUGAACUUAGAAAACGUGGCUUGAGAAAUUUCAAUUACGAGAAUAAGGGUCGUUCAGGAGAAGUUACAAAAACAUAUGUUGUAUUUAAUGGGAACGAACAACAGGGUAGUCUAUUUGUGGUUGAGGAGAAGAGAAAGAGUGGCAUUGAAAAUCCUUAUGUUGUGACACUCGCACAUUACUAUGCAAAUUAUAGUCAUGCCUUUUUUGGUUGGAAAACAUAUGAUGCUGGGCUUUCAGUUAUUGUAAAUAUUAGAGUAGUUAAUAAUAAUAUGGAUUUUGUUUGGUUCGGUCCUCAUAAUAACUCUUCUAGGGCACUUCUUCCUAAGUUUGAACUAGUACUUAGAACAAAGACUUGGAAGUGGGAUACAUGCCCUUAUAGGGCUGCUGAAACUUGCAGGACCAACUCUGAGACCGCGGACGAAGAAGGAAGCUAUGUUCAAUUAAAUAAUCAAGGUGUAAUUAAAGGCAAAAAUAACGGUAAUGUCGUUGUGAAGAAUCUUUACCUUAAAGGACGUAGGAAACUCUAG